AUGGCUGUACCCAACUGGUCUCCAAAGCCACCCAAUUGGUCUAAUGAUUCGUUCAAUUUGUUGAUCAAGAGUAAAAUUGAAAAUGUACCUCCACAAACUCUAGAAGAAAUUAUAACCAACAGCGCUGAGUUCCAAAUAGAUUUUCCAGUUGAUACAGGCAGGUGCAUGGUCUUGAGGAAUAACGUACAACGAAAUAUUCUGGAGAGAAACAUAAACUCUGUGUAUCCGCUCAUCCAUGAAAAUGCUUUGGAGCUAUGCUGCAAGUUUUUGGUAUUCAAGACAAAACACGGCACUAGCAAGGAAAAGAACUUAUACAAAGACAUGACCCUCUUGGAUUUUAUAGAAAGGCUUCUGAGAAAACGUGCAGUUAUGUUCGUCGGCAUUGAUGACCUAUUCUUACUGUUGAACAGAGAAAGGGGAAUAAAAAAUUGGGAAACAAUUGGGACAGAAGAAGAAGCGCCUCCAUUGGUUAUUGAACAUUGUCUUUCUUAUGAUGAAAUAAAAUUAUCGGUUUUUCUAUCAGUAAGUUCGUAUACAUAUUUCGUGAAUAUUGGCGAUAGAAAUAAUAUGGCAAAAUUUGCGACAAACAGAGAAAAUAUUAUGGACGAAGGAAUAAUUAUUGGAAUGAUUGGUCCAAGAUUAAAGAAGUCUGGUGUUAUGGAAUAUCAGGAGAUAGUUAUAAGUCCCAAUCAAAAUACAGAACAAAAUGGAUAUGGAAGAACAGUCCAGCAAAGUACUCACAAGCUCUUUGCAGAAUUUUAUGAAGAACACUGUCUAAAUUAUCAAGAAACAUUGGAUUUUAGAAAUACAUUACCUUCGAAUGAUGAACGCUACACAGAGCUGAAAGGCGAUUUGAUUUUUGAUAAUCACUAUUACUACAAGAGAUUAACUAUAUCCAUCGAUACUCUACUGAUAGAAGCGAACCAUAGAGCCAAGAGUGCUGGUAAAACUGCAUACGUUCAUGUGGUUGGAUUAGGGCUUGGUGUUUGGAAAAUUUCUCGUCACCAAGAAAAAAUUUACAUGGAUACGUUUGCAGAAAGAAUUCAAAACUUGGGUAAACAUCUACAUGCAAUAAGUGACAUAUGCUUUUCCUAUAUAAAUCCUAUAUAAAUAAAUUGCGGGAAUUAUAAACAUGAAGACAUUUUUAUGCUGGAAGGUCAUCCGCUCACAGGAAUCAGGAUACAUUUUCUUGAAAGAAAUCCACAUGAACAACUGUCAGAAGACAAAUUACUUGUUGUGUCCUAUGCCUGGGAUGGAAAUGCUUUACCAGGAAAUGAAUACUGGUUAGGAAACCUAGGAAGCAGUGGUGAUUCAGCAGCAGCUUCUUCCACUCAGAUCACUGAGAUUCACAAUCCUCACAUCAAUCCACUAGUUUCUGCAGGUAGACUGCAGGUUAUUAGUGGUGGAGAAAUUAUUAGUUUUGAAGAUUAUCAAAAAUUUGUUAUACAUACUAAAUCACAAAUUAAACAUUGA